AUGCCAGAAGGCAAAGCGAAGAAGGUGUUUUCCAUUGGCGCAUUAGACUUGAUGCCAUAUUCGCCAAUUGCCUCACCACAACGCGGGCAUAGGCUAUAUGGUCGUUUAUCGCUUUCCACUCAGUCAAAGCGGAAUGGGUCAGAUAUGACAAUCGCUAUGCCAUUUCGUCUCGGGGCAUCCGAAGCAUCGUAAGUUCGAAGUGAUUAUUUCCGUGAUCUUCAGGAACUUUACUCAGUGAAUCUUGGAGGUAACCGCAUUGAAUUAUGUGAGCCAUUAGCAUUUGCAAAUUUACCAGCAAUUAGUCACCUGGAUAUAAGGUUCGUUGCAAUAUCUCAGUAA